CCUUGUGUUAUAUUAUAAUAUUAAGUGGAUAUGAUAUAGUUUACAAUAAAACCAAAUUAUAAACUGCACUAAUUCCAACAUACUUUUAGAUUUUAAGUCAUGCAUAAGAUUUUAGUUUGCAUGAACCGUUUAAGGUUGCAUUCAAAAAUUGUAACAACUAAAAGACCAAUUUCUUUGAAAUUACCUACAAAGAUAUGCUUGAACUGUCAGCAAGUGUCCUUUUUUUCUUCCAAUUUACCAACACACUAUGACACACUUGGUAUCAACCCUACAGCUUCCAAAGAGGAAAUAAAAGCUGCUUAUAUUGAACUUUCGAAAAAGUAUCAUCCUGACAGAAUAGCGCAGGAUAAAAGCACAAAGGAAGAAACCACAGAUUUUCUGCAAAUUUCCCAAGCGUUUAAUGUUUUAUCAAAUGAAACUAGUCGCAAAAUGUACGAUUUAGAACUGUUUAAAACAUCUGCCACUAUAAAUCGAUUUUCUUCUGGCGAAUAUAAACUACAUCGGGAAGAAAAAAAUCGAAAGAAAUCAAGAAAAAAUUUGGAUGAAGAAAAUCAGGAUGUUCUUGGUUUUUCAUCACUUACACCGCGUAUUCGAAGCUUGCUACACUAUUUAUAUGGCGCAAUAUUUGCUAUAAUAAUAUCAAUGAUAUUGCUUAGUAAAAGGAAUGCAAAUGAUAAAAAUGAAAAAGAGACAAAGUCAUCAUGACUAAGUUUUUCAUUCUAUAGUUGGGUUGAAGAGUAAUGAUUUUAAUUUUAAUUUGUUAUGCAAUCAUUUGUGUUCAAUAAAUUAUUCAAAGGUAUUUAUUCUUCUUAAAGUUUGCUUGUAUGCAGUUGAAUUAUCACUGUGCUUAUUGUCUGUGCAGUUCAUUAAAAGCUUUAUGUAAGUGUUGGGAAAUAAAAUUUAUAUGCUCAAAAAUAUUUGGGCAUG